AUGGGGCAGCCGAUUCAGAUCUUCGACCGAACUGUGGAGCAACACCUGGAGAAGAACCAACCCAUCGAGCAGACGAAUGAGCAGUCUUCCAUAUCCACUGCGAUACAGCUCGAACCUGACGAACUUCCAACGAACUGGCCCGCAUUCAAGAAGUGGUCCGCAACCUUGGUCAUCGUCCUCAUGACUGCAAACGUCACUUUCGCCUCCAGUAUCCAUACCGCCGCCAUCAAUGGAGUAUCUGAGUCUUUCAAAGUUUCCAAAACGGUCGCAACGCUACCAGUAACCACUUUCUUGCUCGGCUUUGCAACAGGACCAUUGCUCUUCGCUCCUCUAUCGGAGGUUCUGGGACGUACGUUGAUCUUUCGAAUUGUGUUGGGGCUAUUCUGCUGUUUCAAUCUGGCGUGUGCGCUUUCGCCGAAUAUAGCAGCAUUGCUCAUACUACGGUUCCUUUGCGGCUUCUUUGGUGCGCCUUCAGUCACGAACAGUGGCGGCAGUCUGACAGACAUCUGGCCGCAGCGCCAAAGGUCCGUCCCGUUUGCGCUCUUUACGACUGGGAGUUCACUGGGACCGGUGGUUGCUCCAGUGGUGGGAGGUUACGUGGCGGAACACCUCAGCUGGAGAUGGCAUUACUGGAUCGUGACCAUCGUCUCUGGCGCAGUCUAUAUCGCAAUGCUUUUCCUUCUUCCCGAGACGUACGCUACGGUUCUACUCCGAUGGAAGAAAAAGAAAGCAGGUAUCAAGCCCGCCCGGAUGUCAUUCAAAGAACGGUACGCGAAGGAUUUGACACGUCCUUGGAUCAUGCUCUUUACAGAACCUAUAUUGUUCACGCUAGGCCUUUACUCUGCCUUCGUAUGGGGCAUUCUGUACCUGGACUUCACUGCUUACCCCUUCGUUUUUCAACAAGGCCGGCACUGGACUCAAGGCAAGUCCGGGUUGUCUUUCGUUGGCAUUGGUGUUGGUAUGGUUAUGGCGACGGCAAGCUCGCCAUGGAUCAACGAUCUGCAUGGCGUAGUUGUGAAGAAGAUUGGUCCAAAACCCGAAGCGAGGCUCCCGCACCUGAUCAUCCUCGCGUGGCUGAUCCCAAUCGCGCUUUUUUGGUUUGGCUGGACGGCUCUUCCACCUGCCCAUCCGAUCGUUCCUAUCGCUGCGGGCGUGCCCUUCGGUAUAGGCUUUGUCACCUUAUUUCUAGGCACGAACGCGUACCUGAGUGAUUGCUAUGGGAGAUUUUCCGCGAGCGCAUGGGCUGCUAAUGCGGUUAUGAGGUCGCUGUUCAGCGCGGGCUUCCCGUUGUUUGCGAGGCGGAUGUAUUCGCAGAUGGGCACGCCUUGGGCGAGUAGCACGCUGGCAUUCAUUGCAGUGGGGCUUGCGCCAGUGCCGUGGGUGUUCUGGAAGUGGGGAAGUUGGCUGAGGGCGAGGAGCCGGUUUCAUCUAUGGACUGUGGAGUUGGAGAAGGAAGAAGCAAAUUGA